AGUAAACCCAACAGCCCUUGGGAUUAGUCAAAAGAGCAAUAUUUUUUCUUUCCUGCUGCUCGUUUCACCGCUCUUUAAGCAAGAAACCCAACCCCCCUUGGGAUUAGUCAAAAGAGAGUGUAUGGUCUAGCGAUUCCCAUCAAUCUAAACCUCUUCUUCCCGAAAAAGACCUUUCCCCAGAGUCAAUCCACAGUUAUAAUGAGAGAGACCUGUAUCCAAUCCUCCAAGAGCAACUUCUUGGAGCUAGCUAGAUGGGGGGGGAGAAAUGAGGUCUUUUUAGCCUCUAGAGUCAAGGGAAUCCCUCACAUUGAGGAAGUUUAAAAGGUUUUCGAAAUCCUUCUAGCUUCGAGUCCGUCAAUCCUUGUCUCAAUAUCUUCUAAUUUCGUUGUGGAUAGCGACAUCCGCCGUUUGGAAUUUAGGGCUUAAGGUUUUGAACUUUGUAGAAGGAACGAAAAAGGAGGAAAGACGUCUUCUUUCACAAGAUCCAAGAAAUUAAGGCAGAAAAAUUGCAAGGAACGCCAUAGCUGAUGGAAAAAAAAUUCGUUCUUUAAUCAUUCCUGGAACCCUCGGAUGGAGAGUCCCGUCCUAGGGAUCUUUUUAGAUUUUGAUUUAGGUUUAGGGUAUUAGGGUUUCUAGAUUCUUAGCUUUCUCUGGACGGUGGUGAGGAUGGAGGAGAAUGCAGCUCUUCGCACUCUUCAGAGUUCUAUCGAAGCUUUGGGGAGGGGUUUUGAUGUUAACUACGACACGAGGUUGCUCUACUGCAAGGGGGUUGCCGGGUCGAGGCUCGUUGAGGUGGAUGAGGAGCACACGAGAGAUCUGGUGGUUUCCGACAGUCUGGUCGUGCCCAAUGUGUCGAGAGACGUGAGGUGCUCUUGGGAGAGCGGCGGGCGGGAGAGCGGCCGGCGGGAGAGCGGCCGGCGGGAGAGCGCUGGCUCUUGCGGUUUCUACGAGAUGGCAGAAUAUUUUAACAGAAAAGCUCAUCUACUGGGAAAUUUUCCCAUUGGAAGUUUUAAUUCUGCAUUCAGUUUUACUGGGUCAAAGAAAAUUGAUGCUGCAGCUACAAAAAGCCUCGCAAUGGAAGGGAUGUUCAUUCCUUUAUGUAAGGUUCACUUGAUAAAACGACCUUUAUCAUUAGAAGAAGAGGUCAGGCAUGCUGUGCCACUUUCAUGGGAACCAUUGUCCUUAGCGAGAUUUAUUGAGAGUUAUGGGACUCAUGUCAUCACAUCCAUCACUAUUGGUGGAAAGGAUGUGAUUUAUGUCAAGCAGCACAGCUUGUCGCCCUUAUCAUCCAUAGAAAUAAAGAACUAUAUCCAGGACAUUGGAGACCAUAGAUUCUCAGAAACUGAAAGGUUUACAAGUUCGGGUCCAUUGAAACUGAAGGAUAAGGCUGUAGAUUCUUUUGCGUUCAACAGUCAGGGAAUAUACCCGCAACCAUCCAAUGCUCCAUAUCUGACUGCAAAGGAGGAUGUUACUGUCAUUUUCAGAAGAAGGGGUGGAGAUGAUCUAGUCCAAAGCUACACUAACUGGGCAAGAACUGUCUAUUCGGCUCCUGAUGUUAUUGAAAUAACCUUCUUUCCAAUCAUUUCUCUCCUUGAAAGCAUCCCAGGAAAGGACCAUCUCACGCGUGCUAUCAACCUUUAUCUGGAAUAUAAGCCUCCACUAGAAGAGCUACGAUAUUUUCUGGAGUUUCAGGUCCCCAGGAUAUGGGCCCCAAUUCGCGACGAACUUCCAGGACAUCAAAGAAAAGAGCCAGUCUGCCCAUAUUUGCAGUUCAGCAUUAUGGGGCCGAAGCUUCAUGUCAGCCAAGAGCAGGUAUCAGUUGGGCGUAAGCCUGUCACUGGCCUAAGAUUGUGCCUGGAAGGAGCCAAGCAGAACCGGCUACAUAUUCAGGUCCAGCACUUGGCAUCUCUUCCAAAGAUCCUUCAACCUUACUGGGGCACCCAUGUAGCCAUUGGUGCGGCGAAGUGGCAGGGACCUGAGGAGCAAGAUAGCCGGUGGUUUGAGCAUGUGAAGUGGAAGAACUUCUCUCAUGUCUGUACAGUGCCAAUUGAGGAUGACGAGACUUUUCUUGGUGACAUCUCUGGUGCGUAUAUAGUCACUGGGGCUCAGCUUGGAGUCUGGGACUUUGGAACAAAGAAUGUGUUGUACAUGAAACUUCUCUAUUGUAAGGUGCCUGGAUGCACCAUAAGAAGAUCCCUGUGGGAUCACAACCCUGCUGGUCCAAACAACAAAUCAAGGAGACUGUCCGUGGGAGAUUCUACAGACUCGGUUGACUCAAGUUCAGGCUCGAGAGAUUUGAGGAAACUGAUGAAGCUUGUGGAGACGUCGGAGAUGUGCAAAGGCCCAGAAGAAAUACCAGGGCACUGGUUGGUGACUGGUGGGAAGCUUGGAGUUGAGAAAGGGAAGAUUAUAUUGAGAGUGAAGUACUCUCUGUUGAGUUACUAAAAUCAGUUGUUUCAGUUGCAAGGAUCGGGUCUGUUGUGCAUGUAAAUUAUGGUAGUUUGCUGGGGGUUAAGUUAGUGAGAUGAGGAUUUGGAUUUUGUUCAGUGGUGUUUUUCGUAUUCUUUGCACUUCAUCAAAUUUUACAGCACUGAUGAUGCUGAAGUUUGAAGAAGUGCUUUAUGGCUAAGCAACUUGCUGUAGAAUGUUAGUUCUGGUAGAACCCAAAGGAGAGAAGACCAGGAUGCCUGAGCACUGUUGUAGAAGAGGGAAGAGAUGUAUAUCCCUGACAUGGCUCAAAAUUAUCUCUUACCUUCCCAACUUCGGACCCAAAUUGGUCCCCUGUUGUGAGAGUCUUAAUUUAAUGCUUCAUCUUGCAUGGAUGGUGGUUUCUGCAAGAUUUCAAUUUUGGGUCUCAUGAAAAGAUCACUCUAAUGUGCAGUCCUGAUUCAUGCA